GUUCAGAAAGGUGCAAAAACGAAAGUUAAUAUUUAACAGAUAAUAUAUGGGAUUUUAAGUCACCUUUAAGCGAUCAACCACUGAUGUCUUGAGAUUAAGACAAAUAGACAUCUUAGAAAUGGCUGAGGAUACUGACAAGUACAACCGGAGGAGCUUUGUGGCAAGCCUUCCAUCUGACUACAGUGAUGUUCAGCCUCAAAGCUACGACCCAGACUUUAUCUCUUCCAUUAGUAAUCAGAUGCAGGUUCCAGACAAAAUCCCCGUACUCAACGGAGGAGACACAGAGUUUGACAUGCGAAGGGGGAUGGACUGGUCAGAUGAUAGAGGGAAGUCACAUGCAAUGAAUGUGCCGGAGCGAAUCAUGCUGGCAGGAGGUGGGCACCAUGUUGGCGGAAGGCAGGAUGUUCAUCUGAACUUUGACAGCCUGCCUCGGGGUAGCUCAGAGACAGUGGGGCUGCUGACUCCACCCCAUACACUCACCCUUGACGAGCAGUUCCCUUCCCUAGAAUCCAGCAACGAUGAUGAAGAGGUGGAGGGGAUAAACGCUGAACCCAGGGUCCCAAACGGGAGAACAGUGGCACUGCGGACGCCGACCACACCACUAUCAGAUUCCCUUAUGCUGUCUGGCGAGGAUUCUGUUCUGCUCAGAUCACAGUUGAUGAAACUGAAUAGACGCUUACACACCAUGGAGAGACAACAGGAGCUACUGGCAAAUAGAGAGAAACUUGCCUUUGGAGCGGCGAUGGGCUACUUCAUGAUCAAAUUUGUCUUCUGGUUUUUCCGCAGCAAAUGACAACUAAAGAUAAAGGGACCAACGAGACCAUUUCUUCAGAGUUUUGUCAAUAUUAAUACUUUAACACUGGUGUAUUUUCUACUUGUGAUAUACAAUAGACAGAAACUGGUCGAGGGAAGGAGAAAAUUCCCAUUUUUGUUGCAAUACUUGAAAUAUCUUUGGAAUAGAUGCCUCCAUUCAACUUAAGUAUGUUCAUGUAUGAGCAUUUAAGCUAUCUUUAAAGUCUUAUUUUUAUACACCAGUUAAAAAAAAAAAGGGAUAUAUUAUGGGAUCAUCUUUGACAGGGGGCGUCAACUAAGUUUUGCACACUUACUCAAGGAGCUUUUGCUGGAUCAUCACCAAACUUGGGCAAUAUGUGUAUGGGCGGAGUACCUCAGCCAAGUCUAAUUACAAGCCAUGUCACCCCAAUCCGUUAAGGGUUAUGCAGUCAUCGAAAUCAGGCUUUUGGAUGAACAAGCCCAAAUUCUUAUUGUAUUGCUUGGCAUAAAAGUUUUGAACAAGCCCUGCUAUAUAAAAUUCAAAAUUUGAGCAAGCCUGGAAGACAUUUUACCAGUGCAGGGCUUGCGGGCUUGUGCUAAUUUCGACUACUGGUUAUGGUCCUUGAAUUGCUUAAUCUACAAAAAGGUGUUGUUGUCCGUUAUGUAACUUGGAAGAACUUUUUUUUUCACUAAAGUUAGUGUCUAAAAAUAAGACAGACAUUUUGUGAAAGUUGGCAUUUUACUUCUUUAUCUCUGUUUCUUAAUGUGUUGUUUCCAUGCUCAAAUACAUGUAUCUUCUGUUGCAUAUACUUUGUUCUGCUUUACUGCAGUUCCAGAUUGUCAUCUUAGUAUUAUAGGGGUUUUCGAUAUGUAUUCAUUAUUCAUAAUAUCAUAAAAUAUACAACUUAAUAAUAAUAAUUUUUAUAGUCUUUUAACUACUCUAUCAUUGAUAUAAUAUUCCUAGUUUCGCCACCAAUUAAGAAAAUAUCUGCAAAAUUUAGUUAAAUGAUAAAUGGCUGAGAUUAUAAUACAUGUGGUAGAUCAGACAUUGCAAAAGAUACUUAUUUCAAAUGUUUUUGUGUAAUCAAGCUGCAAAAAAGUUAAUUAAAUACUGUAGGAAAUAAAGUUAGUCCAUGGGGUUAGUCUGUUGAUGGUUUUAUAUUUAGGAUGUUUAAGACAGCAACUUUACGGCUAUUUGAACAUAAUCUUAAAUGGUCUAUAUUGCUCAAAAGAAAUGGUUAAGUCCCAUUUUUGCAAUAAUCUAUCACAGGAAAGCAAUUUACAGAUAUUCAACAGGAGAAGGCACGUGUGUUUUGCUUCAUACAGUUUAAAGAUACUUGUACAGGGGAACAGUCCAAUUUGAAAGCCUUCCGGGUGUGGGGUGGGUUUUGUAUGGAAAGCUAAAGCACUCCUACGCACAGGAUACAGAUCGAAGAAAAAUCAGCUUUCUAUGUGCUUAUAAAAUAUUGCUCUUCCUGAGCAAAUUUAUGACCACUGUGCGCAAGAUUGAUUACGUAAUAACUGUGUAGUGUGCAUUAUACAUUUGGUGUAUGCACUAAAGUUAUUCUAAUCUGUAAACAGAGAUGAUGUUUCUGAAUUAAUCCUCAAAUCAGGAUUGUAAGCUUUUUAUUUCGUUUUAUAAUACAACUGUAUAGUAAGUUUUCACCGGAUUAUUUGCGUGAAAAAAGUAGAUAUUAACAUCAUCCUCAUCAUCAUCAUCAUCAUCAUCAUCAUCAUCAGUGAACGCCUCAUUCAUAUUUAGCAUUCUCACAAACUUUAGAUGAUUCCAAGUCUCAUAAGGGCUGACUGGAACCCAUUUAAGCUUGCUGACUAUGUUUGAUGGUAGAUGGUUUGGGCACGUACAUACCCAAGUUGCUCGGUAAUGGUAAAGUUGAUAUUGCAGGAAAUGUUCAGUUUUAGUCUGGACCAUUUAUCUUGAUCUUCUAGGUGUUGUUUGUCAUUUUUCUUGUAGUUAUGUACGGGUGAUUAAUGUAAGGUACUCACAUCUUGAUGUGCGCUAGAAUAUUAAUACUAAUAUCUAUUACCUUUAUAUUUUGUUUUAUGAAUUUCAUAUUGUAAAAAUACAUCUUUAAGAAGU